CCCCAACAUAACAACAUUGAUGAAAGAAAAUUAGUUAUAUUUGGGUUACAGCAUAGUUUUAUUAGAUGUAUACACAAGUAUCCUGUAUUUACUGGAACUGUACCAAAUGAUAGGCAGAAAUUUUAUACUGCACCACAUACUCGAAUGAAAUGGGGGACUUUAGCAAAGAUCAAUUACGAAUUUAUAAGGAAUGCCUUCAAAAGCAAUUGGAAGAAAUAGAUAUGUUAUCGUCGAUUUUCUGUAAUCCUGGUGAAAUACAAAUUUAUGAUCAUAGUGUAAUUAGUGAAUUUCAUGAAUUUAUAAAUAAUGAAUCAACAACAAGUUAUCCGAAAAUGCAAUUAGAUUUUUCAAUUUAUGUACAAAAUGAAAUGAAACAAAAAAUUGAAAUACACAUUAGCUUGCCAAAUUUAUAUCCAAUAUUAGAAAAUGCUGUUGUUACAAUACGUGCAACAUUUUCAAAUAAAUCAAAAGAAAUUGCUGUGAAAAAUGAAAUUGCAAAAUAUAUUAAUUCAAAUGAUGUUGAUAGAAACGAACCAUAUAUUUAUCAAGUAAUAACAUGGAUACAAGAUUCUCUUGAACGUUUCUUAUCUGAUGAGAUAAUAUGGGAUGAAAACAAUUCAUUAAUAAUUAGUGUAGACAAUCGCACAUCGUCAUCAUCAACACUAUAUAGUAGUAAUGAUAACAGUAAGAUAUCAAAUAAUAAUGUUUCUACUACUAAUACAGCACAUAAUAAUUCAAUUGAAUUUGAACGUCUAUGGAUUGUUUCCCAUCAUAUUAAAAGCAAAACUAAACGGACAGAAAUCGUAAGAAAUGCAAAAGAUUUAAAUUUGACUGGUUUUAGUAAACCAGGUAAACCUGGUAUAAUCUGUGUUGAAGGUAACAAAGAGAAUACACAAGAAUAUUGGAAAAUAAUAAAAUCAAUGAAUUGGCAUAAAAUUCAAAUUAAAAUAAGUGAAGUUAAAAAAAGAAAUAAUCAGGAAGAUUUAGAUAAAUGUCGAAGAUUUAAUGGUUUUAAAGAAGAAUUAGUUACAGAAAUUGAAGAUGAAGGUUUUGCACCAAUGAAUAUGAGUUUAUUUAUGAAAUUUUUGGAAUCACAUAAAUCUGGUUAUAUUAAAAAGGAAUUAUUUGGAUUUGAUUAACGCAAAUAUACUGAAAUUUUUAAAAUGCUAUUUAUUUAUAGAGACAUUCACUUUUGAUACUGAACCAAAUGAGUUAUUGAAAUUAUUGCUAACAUUAAUCAUCAAUAAAAAUCUAAUUUGGGUUGGCGGGACCAAAGCAAACUGAUAAUCAAUAAGAAUCAAUUAAAUUGUUCAUAUUAUUUUAUGCUUCUUUGUUUAAAAUUUUUAUAAAAAAGUAUUUAUAGAAGUUUUUAAAAAAAAAUAAUAUUUAAAUAUAAUAUGUUUGCAUAUGCAUACAUAUGAACAUUUAUAAUGUACAUAAAAUUAAAAAUUUUGUUUUAAUUUGUCUUAAAAAAAUUGUAGUCUACGAUGAAAUUUAAAAUGAAAAUUAAAUUGUCUAAGGGAGUAGUUAAAAAUGUUCUCAUUCAUG